AUGAGUUACGCCGACGUAGCUGCCAAAGGGCCAAAACAGUCACCGGAAGAGUCCACUAAUGUAGUAUCUAUUAGGCGUGCUCCACCUGUCCCCUCGCUCUCGCAGUCCGAAUCGGAAGCUGCCAGCUUGAUCGACGUCGACUCGCCGCACGUCAGCUCCGUCAAGUCGGAUUUCCAAGAGCAGGAGAUCAAGACCGAGACACAGGCCGAACGAAUCGAACACGAACUGGAGGACAAGGCUCGUGCAGCAAGGCAGGAAUUCUCCGAGGAUGCCGCGAGUGCCAAGAAGAAGGCUGCCACGAAGGGCAAACAGUUCAAAGAUGAGAUGAAGAAGGACGGACAGAAAUUGAGCGAGAACAGAGACAACCCCGUCGUCAUUGGCAAUGCCAUUAUCUGGGGCAUUGCUACUGUUGCUAUUGGCUAUGGAGCAUACCAGAAGCACACCGAGGGCAAAUUGGACUGGCAGCUUGCUGGAACUGUGGCCGCUGGAGUGGGCGCUUUCGCUGUGGCCGAUUAUUUUGGCAGCAAGUGGCUUCUCGAGAACAAGUACCCUCCAAAAUAG